GAGAGAGAAAGUAACUCCAGGACGAGACCGGAGCGACCCGCGCAGCAAGCAGAGGCGGCGAGGCUGCGCCCGGCGCCCGAGACCAGCGGCUGCGCGGGGCGGGGGCUGCGCCCGAGUCCGAUCCGCCGCUCCGGCUCCGAGUGGUCUCGGGGAAAGGGUCGUUGUCCAGCACAGAUGCGUUUGUCGGAGGGAGCAGUGGAGGUUCGCGGCAAGGCGUACAGCCUGGGGCUUCCAAUGAUACUCUGGGCAGCGAUGGAAGCCUAGAUGCCUCACCGCAAGGAGCGGCCGAGCGGGUCCUCGCUUCACGCCCACGGCAGCACUGGCCCCGCGGAGGGAGGAAGCAUGUCUCGGUUGUCUCUCACCCGGUCGCCUGUGUCUCCCCUGGCCGCCCAGGGGAUCCCACUGCCAGCCCAGCUCACUAAGUCCAACGCGCCUGUGCACAUCGACGUGGGCGGCCACAUGUACACCAGCAGCCUGGCCACGCUCACCAAGUACCCUGACUCCAGAAUAAGCCGCCUCUUCAAUGGCACCGAGCCCAUCGUCCUGGACAGUUUGAAGCAACAUUAUUUCAUCGACCGGGAUGGGGAGAUUUUCCGCUAUGUCCUGAGCUUCCUGCGGACGUCGAAACUGCUGCUCCCAGAUGACUUCAAGGACUUCAGCCUGCUGUACGAGGAGGCGCGCUACUACCAGCUGCAGCCCAUGGUGCGCGAGCUGGAGCGCUGGCAGCAGGAGCAGGCGCAGCGGCGCCGCAGCCGGGCCUGCGACUGCCUGGUGGUGCGGGUCACGCCGGACCUGGGUGAGCGGAUCGCGCUCAGCGGCGAGAAGGCUCUCAUCGAGGAGGUCUUCCCCGAGACCGGGGACGUCAUGUGCAACUCGGUCAACGCCGGCUGGAACCAGGACCCCACGCACGUCAUCCGCUUCCCGCUCAACGGCUACUGCCGGCUCAACUCGGUGCAGGUCCUGGAGAGGCUGUUCCAGAGGGGUUUCAGCAUGGCUGCGUCCUGCGGGGGUGGCGUGGACUCGUCCCAGUUCAGUGAAUAUGUGCUUUGCCGGGAGGAGCGGCGACCGCAGCCCACGCCCACUGCUGUCCGAAUAAAGCAGGAGCCCCUGGACUAGGCCCUGCCUCGGUGCCCACCUGAGGCCUUUGGGCCCUGGGGACACCCCAGGGACCAGGAAACAGUACUGGGGAGUUCUGCCUAUGCCUGCUUAGCGGUGGCCAUGAGACUGAGGGUGGGGCUGGAGGGUCCAAAGCCUGCCCAGAGAGCCCCAAGGCCCCAUGUGUCAUGGCAACAGAAUGUGGGAUGCUGGAGGCAUGUCCACUGAAGGACUGUUGAUGUGACCCAAAGAUGCCGAGGUGGGAGAACUCGGCCACCAGUUGUCUGGGCCCCUCAGCUCCCAGUCCGGUCCUCGGGGCUCCGCGUGUGCCAAGGCAGGGUCAGCAGAGGCCUCCCCAGUGCACGCCGAGGAGCUGUCCAUCCUUCACCACACGGCAGACUCCAGUGGGUCUCCUUGCAUCAGAGAUGGCUUAUUUUUCUACAGUAUUUAAGACGGAAGUAACUGUAAGUGCACAAGUCAGAGAGGCCGACAAGGACCGAUGCUUCUUUAUCUGGUGCUCAGCUCAGUCGGACGCGCAGCAUGUCUGCAUGGGGGGUAGAAGAGCUGCUGGACACUCGGGCCCAGGUGCCCGCAGAGCAGGGCUUGGAAACUUCUGGUUCCUGCUCUAGGAGCAGAUGCAGGGAUGGCGGUGCCACAGGGGCUGAAACUGGGCUCCCACGGGGUGGGGCUGCUGGGAGGAGGGUGGUACAGGUGUGGGGGAUGGAUAGCUGUGGAGCCACUUGAGACCCUACCUUUGCUGCCACCUGGGGCACAGGCCACACUUGAGAGCCACCUGACCAACUAAUGCCCAGGGCCUUCGAUUCCUGUCUAUGCGUGCGCACACCUGGGCUCCCAUAGAAGUCAUCUCCCCAUCGGGACCAGCCACGGGGCCACACCACAUCCUUACCUCAGGAAUGGGCCCCACGGUGAAGGGGCCCAUCUGUCAGCAGCAUCCUCUGGGUCCCCAGCUCAGGAAGCCGUCCCCCACUCUGAUUUUCCCACACUCAUAUGCACACUGAAUUUUAAUUAGACUGUUACACUAGCUUGCCAGUAAGACCCGGACAGAGUCAUACCUUGGGUUCUUGGCCCCGGAUUCCAACGAGGACUGCCUCUGAGGGGUCCUCACAGACCUGCUGCCUCUCAGAUGACAGGCCCAGAGAUGGAUACCGCCUGCCUUGUCACACACAGUUCCCCUCCCCUCCCCUCCCGAGAUGGCUCUUUCCCAGGUUGGAGAAACCGCAGAGAACUGCUGGGUGGGCGGGGCGUCCUGGCCAGCACUGCCCCUUGUACGAUGCCUGUAGACUUGUAUAUGACUCCUUUAAUAUUGUAAAGAUGCUGAUGUACAAUUGUCGCGUGUUUGUGUAAACACAUUAUGUUCCUAGUUCAUGCCAUAAAUGAUGCUAUAAAGCGAAAGACUGAGGCUCCAUCCUGUGCAGAAGCGGCAGCCAGAUUCCAGCAUUCCGUGCUGUGCAGGGAGGUUUGGGGAUGGGAUUCCUCCCUCGGUUCCUUCAGUUCAGAUGAGGAAGAACCAACAGCCGUAACUGGGGGAGGGGCAGGAACAAGGGUCCUGAGCUUGCUGUUGUUAAUUGCAUUUGGGUGUUUCCUCACUGCUGUGCCUGUCCCCCCUGGGCAGCGCAGAUUCGGAAUUCUGAUUCACAGCCCCUAACCAGAUGCAGGCUGGGGAAAGGCAGACCCAAAGUGUCCAGGGACUUUUGAACCCAGUCUUCAAUGUUUGUGAUUUUUCCCUCCCUCUGGUUUUUGGUUGAGGUUGACGGCCUCUUUAGAGCGCCGCAGGGCAGUAGGAGAAGGUGGCAGGCGGUCCACGCAUGGCUCAGGCCAGCCAGGGGACACGCAGCCCUUCGCAUGAGGACAGGUCACCCUAGCUCAGCACAAGGCCUCGAGGCGUCUCUUUCCGAGGAGUUUGAAUGUACUUACGCAGGCCUCCAAUUUUAAUGAGCCUUUUUGUAUUUCUCCUCAAAGUCCUUAUGUUCUAACUGACCAGGACCCUUUCCCAUGCCAGUAAGGGCCACCAGCCUCUCCCUGCCUGGGGGACGGGCCACAGCCAUGUGCUGUCUGAGGCCGCAGAGCAGUCGCCAUCCCACUGUACAAUCGAAUUUGCUGGACAGACUUGCCAACCUUCUCCUUUGCUCAGCAACAUGCCUACAGUUGGCACACGGGCAUUUUGGCAUCUGAGGUUCACGUCUGAGAGGAGGAGAAAGUGUUGUGUUUAUUAGAAAGGAAGUCUUGUGGAAACAGCUCAGUGCCGUGUGUGUUCAUGGAUUUUUAUAGUAUGAUAACCAGCAUGGUUGCCGGUCGGUGGAGAUUCCCUAACAUUUUCAAGCAAACUAUCAUUUUGAUUAAACCACUGUGCUAAAAAAAAAAAAAAAAAA